AUGUUGCCCUCCCUUGCAUUUAUAGCACUGUUUGUCCUGCCUGCGGUGCAGGGCUUGCCCUCCAAACCAUCAAGUGGCAGCAAAGACUGUGGCCCAGUAUCCCAAUACUACGACCAAAAGACCAGCGACUGGAACAAAUACCACACAGGCGACUGGUUAAACAUGUGGUGGAACAAGAAUAAUGCCAACAAUACAAGCAAAAACCCAGCUGGGUUCGCAGGCGAAUUUGGCCAAUGGGCAAUGGGCAACCCGGAUUGGUCAUGCCGAGACGACGGCUCUAACUCGGACUGCGAUCUGAAUCUGUGUGGCAACAAAGAGCUAAACGGCAAGGGCAAGGAGCUUCGACAAACUUACUACGUUCUCGAGUCUGUGAAUCGCCUACAUAGUUAUUUCACUGGUGUUGAACAGGCGUUUACUACGUCUGCUCUCGACGCUGCGCUUUCUAAAGAUGACUGGGCGGAGACUUUCUAUUCAGAUGACGAUGAUCAGAAUGUCAACGCCCUUAAGGAGGUACUGAGUUCUAUUGGGCCGAUUAUCGGCAUCGGAGUUGCCUUUGCUGGGUUUGCGGGAGAAAUGACUGGUGCGAUUGCUGGUGCUGCAUCGUCUAUUAUCGGUGGAGCAAUCGGUAUAGGUAACUAUCAGGUCGAACAGAACGAAGAUGACACCUUCACAAAAUCCGCAGACCUAGGCGGGAUACUCGGCCAGAUCGUCACCAAAAGUCUCGAGUCCUUCACAACAGCCAACAACCAGUUAAUGGCCGGCAAGACAUUCAAGGGCGCCGAUAUCCGCUCCUACCUCUCCGGCGGAGCCUUUGUGGCCUACGAAGGUGUUGACAAGAACGCCGUCACAGACACUAUGACUAGUAUGCUGAUUGGUGCCUCGAUCAACCAGCUUUACCGCCAACAGAAGAUCUUCGUCAUGGGCGGCGGUGCCUGCGGUGACGGCCAGGGAAUUGGGUCCGGUCCUAAGGAUGCAGUCGUAUGUCGAGACGGCAAGGCCUGGUACCUGUACUACUGGACACUAGACGAUGUCGUCUCGGUGACCUCGCACCAGUGGGGAUGGGUUACUUGGCCUCCUGGGGCGUCUCAGUUGGGUAAAAAUGAGUAUAGUGGUGUGACGAUACAAGAUAUCAUCAACUCCUCCCUGGACGCCUACAAUGUCGCCGGAUAUAGCUACACGGGCAAAACGCUGGCACAGCGCUCCAUCGACGCUGUCACCAACGCCUGGGCAAACCCAGGCCAGGAGGGCCCUGCCUGGGAAGGCAUUUUUACUGUGCCUGUGUGCGACGUUGGAUCAGCUAUUAAUUCUACCUAUUACGACAAGCAGUAUAUCCUGCAGCCCUAUAACCACGAGAGCCGGCCUGUUUGGUGCGGUCCUAUUUGCAAUGGCGACUUGCAGACAACUCAGGAGUUCAUCAAUGCUACUAAUAUGUACGGAUUCCAGAGUCCUAAGCAUUUGUGUCCUUCGGAUCCUGGGUAUUAG